AUGGUCAAGCAGGCCCUCACCACAUGCAAGGGGUUCCAGAAAAUGAGUCGCCAGGCCAUACUCAGCUUCAUUAAGCAAAACUUUGGUGUCGAGAACAAGGCUGCUUUGAACAAGGCUCUCAAAGCUCUCGUAGAUUCUGGCCAUGUCUCUCAAGCGAAGGCGUCAUACAAGCUUGCUGCUGGGCAGAGGGUUGCCGCGAAGAAACCCGCGGUUGCGAAGAAAUCCAAACCAACAACUUUGAAAAAGAAGGCUUCCACGAAGAAAGCCUCUACUAAAAAGACCACCACGAAGAAGACCACCACCAAGAAGACCACCACGAAGAAGACCGCUAGAAAGCCGGCCGCUCCGAAGACGAAAAAAACCGCAGGCACCAAGAAGGCUUCUAUCCGUUCGAAGGGCAUCCGCGAAGAAGCCGGC